AUGUCUGUCUACGUGCAAUCUCGUACAGGUUCGUCGGCUGCGUCUCCUCCGCCUCCGCCAUCCUCUGAACCAGGCGCCAAAGCGAACGCGGGACCCGUCCAUAUCUCGCCCACGGUCUCCUGCAGGAGCGGAAGUAGUUGCCACAGCCUUGGCCGCUUUUGCCGGAUCUGCCACGAAGGUGGUGAACAGCGGUCAACUGAUAUUGGACUGGCCUCGCAGUCAGCCCAUCCGUCUUCUCCACCUGUCGCUUCAGUAGCGGAAUCAGCGAGUAUGUCUGUCUACGUGCAAUCUCGUACAGGUUCGUCGGGUGCGUCUCCUCCGCCUCCGCCAUCCUCUGAACCAGGCGCCAAAGCGAACGCGGGACCCGUCCAUAUCUCGCCCACGGUCUCCUGCAGGAGCGGAAGUAGUUGCCACAGCCUUGGCCGCUUUUGCCGGAUCUGCCACGAAGGUGAAAGAAACGAGGCGCUGAUAUCACCUUGUUGGUGUAUGGGAAGCAUGGGUCUGGUGCACAAGGCCUGUCUAGAGCGAUGGCUUACGGUGUCCAACUGCGAGAAGUGCGAGCUGUGUCACUACGCCUUCACGGUCAUGCGCAGACCUAGGCCCUUGUGGAAGUUUGUGGUACAGUGCGAAAACCGCGACGUCUGGAGGGCGAUUUUGGUGGACGUGCUGUGCCUCUUCCUCCUCACGCCCCUCGCCGCCCUCAGCGUCUACCUCUGCGUCGUCGGCGCCCUUCAAUACACGAAUCCCUCGGGGCUAGAUUCUUCCCAGAAGAAGAGGAGACCUAAGAUCACCAUGACAAAAAUCCACUUUGUCAAAGUUCCUAGUUUGAGAAGCGGAAAGCACGACGAGGACCACAGCCGGAUCUCGGUCGCUCGAGUGCCAAAGAUGCAGGACGACGAGCAGACCUUCGAGGAGCAGCUGGUCGAGUGGGAAGCGCUCGGCCUCAUCGUCCUCGCCGUCCUUCUGUUGGGCAUCUUCUCGGCCUGGGCGACCGCUGUCAUAGCGUACCAUGUACGUGAGUGGCGACGUUGGCGCAUAACCCAUCAGGACUUGGUCUUAGUAGAGCCUUCCCGGCGAAACUCUCGGCAGAUGUCUGUCACGAGCCUUUGCCAUUCUGUACAGGUGACACCCGUCAACCUCGUCAGUGUGGGCGUGUCCAGACCCCAGAACAGCCAACGCACAAGCUCCAUGGACUCUCUUCUCAAUACGUCUGAAGAGCCUGAUCGUUUGAGCUGCUGCGAAAGAGAGAAUGAAGACGGGUGUGGGUUGAAUGCAUCGGAGGCGACAACGCGCAGCGGCGGACCUCAGCAGUCUUCUGCACUGAGUGUCUUUAGGGAUAAUUUCGGUGCCAAUAAAAGUUUGGAAGAGUUGAGUGCCUCCACUCUUUGCAAAGUCUUAGCUUCAGGCGAGCAAAACUCACCAUAUUUGAAGAUCGUAGAAGAGCCUGAUGCUCAGGUUAGCUCUGCCAGUCCAGCAAAUUGCUUUGCCAUUGAACACAAGCUUUAGAAUGACGACUUCUAUUCCGCUAUCUUCCCCAGUAUGACUCCGUGAUCGAGUUUGUAAUCCUGAUAACUUAAGAUAAAUGUGUAAUUUAAUUUAAUUGGUUAAAUUAUAGGCAGUGAAUAAUAAUCGCACAGACUGAGUGUUUGUGAUCAGUUUGUAUUGUAAGUUAUAACUCUGCUGCAUUAUAUGCAAGAGGGAUGAAGGGAUGAAACUUCGAAUGUAGUGAAUAGCAUGUAAGAUGUGUAUUACAUGGACAAGAAUUUUCGCCGUAAAAUGCAUUUGAACAUGUAUAUCAUUUACGGUCUAAGCGAUCUAAAUUGGCAAUAUACAUUUUCUUUAGAACUCGGUUGGAGUUACUAUAUCGUGUUAAAAGUGAAAAGUAGCCUCUAAAUUCCCUUGCUACAUUCUCAGGUGGUCAUCCUAAAGUAUGCUGUCGA